AUGAUGAUACCGAAAAUAACAACUCCGUUGACAAGGUACACUUACGCUCAUUCAUACCGUCCCUAUGCAAACAUAUCUAGACGUUUGAUACACAACGUCAAUCCCUGUCAUCAACAUAUACUACCAUAUACCUUAGGAAUUCGUUUCCUCCCCUCUCAAUCAACCUACCAAUCCAUCAGAACGCUGGUUUCAACUCCUCCUUCACCAUAUUUCCUGCUAAAAUGCAAGAAUACAGGCACAGUGUCAUCGCUGACAUCUCAACUCACUAUAACAAGGCUCAAUUCCACUGUCUCUACACAAUCCAAAGACAAUAAGCAGCCGUCUUUACAGGGAAAUCCCUUAUCAACUUCUGAGGAACCCAAAUCAAACUUCAGCGACGUCAUCCGACUAUUCCUCCUCGUGAAAACAGAUUGGAAACUUCUUCUCGUCGCUCUAACGCUCCUUACCAUCUCUUGUGUCAUUGGUAUGAUGAUCCCGAAAGUAAUAGGGAUAAUCCUUGACUCUCUUAAGGUUCAGACGGCAACACAAUCGGAAGGUGAGGAAGCGCCGCCGCCUAUCAUGAUGUUCGGUUUGACCAUCUACGAGUUCCUAGGAGGGUUCUCUAUCGCUCUACUGGCGGGAUGCAUGGCCAAUUUCGGAAGAUUGAUUCUGUUGAGAAUUCUCAGUGAAAGAUUGGUCGCGAGGUUGCGGUCCACUGUCAUUAAGAGGACUAUCCAUCAAGAUGCUCAGUUUUAUGAUAUUCAUAAGACAGGGGACUUGAUCUCCAGAUUGGGUGCAGAUGCGUAUAUUGUGUCAAGGUCCAUUACACAGAAGAUUUCUGACGGGUUUAAGAGUUUGAUCUGUGGAGGGGUCGGUGUCGGGAUGAUGUGUAGUUUAUCAUUGGACCUUUCAGCUGUACUGGGGGUAUUGAUUAUCCCAGUUGUUAUAAGUGCAUCAAUCUUUGGGAAACAGAUUAGAAUUAAUUCAAGGGAAUUGCAAGACGCUACGGGACAAUUGACAAGGGUCUCCGAGGAACAGUUGAACGGAGUCAAGACGGUGCAAUCCUUUGUCGCGGAACAAAGAGAAAUUAAAAGGUUUAAUGAAGCCAUUAGGAAUAUCUUCCAUGUGGGAAAAAGAUCUGCGUUUAUUAACGCCAAAUUCUUUACUUCUACUAGUCUCGUGGGCGAUUUAAGUUUUCUGACGGUGUUGGUGUACGGUUCGUAUUUGGUUCUGCAUGGAUCUUUGACCAUUGGUGAUUUAACCGCCUUUAUGUUGUAUACUGAAUAUACAGGGAAUUCCAUCUUUGGACUAUCCACCUUUUAUUCGGAGAUUAUGCAAGGGGCAGGUGCUGCGUCUAGAUUAUUUGAAUUGACAGAUUACGUCCCAGAGAUUAGACCUACUUUAGGUAAGACGUAUUUACCAGGGAAGGGUGAAAUUGAAUUCAAAAAUGUUUCGUUUUCCUAUCCUACAAGACCUCAAAAUCAAAUCUUUAAAAAUCUCAAUUUUAAAAUCGAACCAGGAUCAAACGUUUGUAUCGUGGGACCUUCAGGGAAGGGGAAAUCUACCAUCGCAUUGUUAUUAUUACAUUAUUACAAUCCAACAAGUGGUCAGAUCUUAAUUGAUGGACAGGAUAUAACCAAGAUGAACAGUAAAUCACUAAGAAGAAAAUUAGGAAUCGUCCAACAGGAACCAGUAUUAAUGUCAGGUUCUAUUAGAGAUAACAUUACAUAUGGAUUAACUUAUACACCGACAAAGGAGGAGAUAAGAAAAGUAGCAAAACAAUGCUUUUGUCAUAAUUUUAUCACAAAAUUCCCACAUACAUAUGAUACUCAGAUUGGACCAAGUGGGACCUUAUUAAGUGGGGGACAAAAGCAACGUAUUGCCAUUGCGAGAGCUUUAAUCAAGAAACCUAACAUUCUAAUCCUAGAUGAAGCGACCUCUGCAUUGGACGUGGAAAGUGAAGGUGCUAUUAAUUAUACUUUUGGACAAUUGAUGAAGACAAAAUCUAUGACCAUUGUUAGUAUUGCACAUCGUUUAAGCACAAUUCGUAGAUCAGAGAACGUUAUUGUUUUAGGAAAUGACGGUUCAGUGAUAGAAAUGGGUAAAUUUAAAGAAUUGUUCUCUGAUCCAUCGAGUGAAUUAUCAAAGUUAUUAAAUGAAAAAUCGAGUAGAAAGAAGACUAAGAGUGACCCAAUAUCAAGUGCUCCUGAAGUUGAUGCAGAUGCAACGGGAGAACCCGUGGAGCCAAUUGAUCCUGCUAUAGAAGAUGCUCUGCAUUCUGUCUUAAACGAUGUAACAAGUGAGAGUAAACCAAUUAAGAUGUCUACUACAGAUACACUUUAA